AGCCCUAACUUUUGUGUGUUGCAAAUAUAAAAGGAAAGCCAUGUGACAGAGGGACAGAAGAACAAAAGCAUUUGGAAGUAACAGGACCUCUUUCUAGCUCUCAGAAAAGUCUGAGAAGAAACGAGCCCUGCAUUUUCCCCAAGUUUGUUCCAGAGAAGCAUACUAUUGGACAAGAUAUAUAAGGCAUCCAACCAAAUUCAUGUUGAAAUCUGGGCAAUAGAUUGUCUUCAAUCAUUCAAUCAAUAAACAUCUAUUAAGCACCUACUAUAUAAUCAGCACUGCUGUGCAGGGGUUGCCGUGAAGUAUUACAAGCAGCAAACCUUUUUGCCUUCUCCCAGUGCCAAGGAACACAGUAUCCAAAAGACAAUGACAACCGAGAGGCCUCGACCAGAUUUUGCAUUUUGCCUGAAAAGAACUAGGUCCUGAGAUUUGAAGGUGUUUUUUUUUUCCCUUGUAAUACUCUACCUCCCUCUGCUGUUAUUACCGGGAAUUUUUUAUUUUAUUUUAUUUUUUUUCCAACAAUGAGAAAUCAUGUAUUAGCAGCAUCAAUUUCAAUGCUCUCCCUGCUGGCAAUCAUGGGAGAUACAGACAGCAAAACGGACAGUGCCUUCAUGAUGGACUCUGACCCUGGGCGCUGCAUGAGGCAUCAUUAUGUGGAUUCUAUCAGUCACCCUUUGUACAAAUGCAGCUCAAAGAUGGUGCUGUUGGCAAGGUGUGAGGGGCACUGCAGUCAGCCCUCCCGCUCAGAGCCUCUGGUCUCCUUCAGCACGGUCCUGAAACAGCCCUUCCGCUCUACCUGUCACUGCUGCCGACCCCAGACCUCCAAACUGAAGGCCCUGAGGCUUCGAUGCUCCGGGGGAAUGAGACUCACAGCCACCUAUCGGUACAUCCUCUCCUGCCACUGUGAAGAGUGCAGCUCCUAAGGCUUGCCUACGGGAGGUGCUGUAGGACUGGCUGUUGUGGUGGCUGCAGCUGUGGGGUCCUGGAAGCCCAAAGGACAGGCGGCUGCAUGACCCAGCAGGAAAACUUCUCCCAGUUAAGGCACUGGGAAUAGAAAGGGAAUAGACAGAGGCAGGAAAGAAGUAACACUUUCUGAACUGGACGAUUCGUGUUCUACUAACAGACAUUAUGAUUUGUUCAUAAAAAGGAAAACACUGGGGAUUGGGUUUGGUAUCUUUCUGGUUUCCUUCUCCCUCCCCCUACUCUACCUCCCCUUGGACCAAGUUCUUUCAGUAGUUUUUGAGAUUCCUCUUUUCUCCAUUUACUCUGAAUGCUAUCCACCCCUGAGCACCAGUGGGGAAAAGAAGACAGGCAAUAAGCUGUCAGUCAUCAGAGAUGCCAUGGAAGAAAUGACAUUGGGCAGAAGAAGACCCAAGCCUUGUCCAUGGAGUCUUCUUAGACUGUUGAGCUUUCAUCUCCAUGUUACAUUGAUUUUGAUUACGUUUGCUGCUGCUGCUGCUAAAAGUUGUCACUUGUCUAUUCCAAACACCAAGUAUGUGGACAUGCUUGCCCAAGUUUAGCUGGCAUUAAAAAUAAUUAACAAGAAAACUCAGGCUCUGUUUUGGGAUGCUGGAAUGUCUAGACCCUGUCAACUACCCGCCUCAUUUAGGAAUGGCUUAGGGCAAAUACAAUGAUAUCUAUUUGGGCAUUUACUUGUAGGAUAUCUAAAUUAAUUAUGGCUGUCAUCAGUCAAAUGAGCAUAAGGGCAGAAUUUCAAAGACCUGUACAGAUGCAUGUGGAAUAGUUAUAUUCAUGUAUACAAAUGCUACGACUUCAGAUAUCGACCAAUAUGUAUAUGCACUAUGGCUUAAGCAGCUGUAUUUGUAUGUUCUUCUAAUCUCCCCUUUGUCUAUAUGAGACUUAGUUCUCUACCAGGUGCCAAACUGAUGGCCUAACUCAGUUAUUAUUUCAGCUUAUAAACACGACCCACAGAUGCUUUUGUUCCUUGAGGCAAUUAUUACAGCCAGUUGGGGCUGCUAUCAAAUCUGUUAAAUCAGAAAUCCUUGAUUUUAAGGAAAAAUAAACUCUCUUAGGAUUAAUAACUGGAAAAAAAACCUUGUUAUAUAUAAUCUUGUCCAAACACCUUAUUUUACAGAUGAAGAAGCUGAGGUCCAGACUCGCUAAGUGAUUUACCCAAAGCUAUCCAGUCAGUGACUAUCUAAA